UUAUCGGAAUUUUUUAAAUAUAUAUAAAUAUAAAUAAAAUAAUGAAUGAAUUUCACACUCGUCACUCGGAAGAUUUGAACACCCGGUUGUUCGAAGGUUUAGUGCGUGUUAAUGAUUAUUUUUGUAAAGUGUGCGUAGUUUGUGAUGAACACGCUCAUAGAGAACGCCAUGGUUAGAGUCACGAGCCAUAAAGAGACACAGCUUCAUCAUUACUGAGGUUUAAAACUCUUCAUCGGGAGACAUGGCUCACGUUUGGAGAGAUGUGAUGGCACUGCUGCCUGCAAAUGAAACCGAUUUCCCCCUUGUGUUUGGUGAAGUAGUUGAACCCAGUGUCCUGGUGAUGUUGGAGCUCAACAGGAAGGAGCUGUACGCCUCAUCAAACUCCUUCUGUACUGAAAAAGCCCAGGUUAUUAUUGAUUACUCCUGGGAGAAGCUCAACACGGGAACAUGGCGAGAUGUGGACAAGGAAUGGAGACGUGUCUACUCUUACGGCUGUUUGUUUAAAGCUGUAGGAACAUGUCAAGGAGAAUCAUCACGAGACAAGGUCCAGGAUGCCAUAAAGAUAUGUGACAUGGGUCUGCUCAUGGGCGCCUCCAUCAUGGAUAAUAUUCUGCAAAGACUUAUAGCAUUUCUGAAAAAUAAAGCGAUGAUUCCUAACAAAGUAGUGGACAUUGAACAGCCUUGUCCAAAGAAACUUAGGAAAGAGUGCAUCCUGAAGCCCAUCAUCAACCCUGGACUGUCAGUACAGAGGGUUCGAUGCCCAGCUCUGGAAAGUUUCCGCUCAGAAUUUCUGGAGCCAAAAAUACCAGUCAUACUCGAGGGAAUCAUCGACCACUGGCCUGCCUUCAGAGAGCACACCUGGAGUAUAGAGUAUCUGCAAGCAGUAGCAGGCUGCCGGACGGUUCCUGUCGAGCUGGGAUCCAGGUACACUGAUGAAGAGUGGUCACAGAAGCUCCUUACAGUCAAUGAGUUCAUCGACCGCUACAUUUUAGGCCAAAGGGAGGCUGCUACAGGAUACUUGGCUCAGCAUCAGCUUUUUGAUCAGGUGCCGGAGUUGAAAGAAGACAUCCGUAUCCCUGACUACUGUUGCCUUGGAGAAGGCGACGAAGACAACAUCACGAUUAAUGCUUGGUUCGGUCCAGGAGGAACCAUCUCUCCUCUGCAUCAGGAUCCCGAGGAAAACUUUCUGGCUCAGGUGGUUGGGAGCAAGUACAUUCGUCUGUAUAGCACUGAGGAGAGUGAGAAUCUUUAUCCGCAUCAGUCUGAGCUUCUGUACAACACCAGCCAGGUGGAUGUUGAAAACCCAGAUGUGGUCCAGUUCCCAGACUUCCUCAAAGCCUCCUAUCAGGAGUGUGUGCUUGAGCCUGGUGAAGUUCUGUUCAUCCCCAGACAGCACUGGCAUUACGUACGCUCAUUAGAGCUCAGCUUCUCCGUUAGCUUUUGGUGGUCAUGAUCUUCACCCUCUGUAAAUAUUUUAUUAACAGGAUUAUAAAUAAAUAUUUUCAUUGUUGCACUGUUUAAAUCGUAGAAGUUAUUUUCCAAGUUAAAGGUUUCCAUUUACAGGUCAAAUAUCAUCCCCCCCCCCACCUACAAUUCGCCAUGACCAAUUAGCCAUAACAUUAAAAGCACCUGUGUAGUGUUAUCUAGGUCUCCACAAGAUCUCUAAAAGGUGUGCUGUGGUUUCUGGCACCAAGACAUUAUCAGCAGAUCCAUGACAUUGUGUAAGAUCUAAGGUGGCGCCUCCAUGGACUUGUUAUCUUGUUGAGAUCUAGGGAAUUUGGAGGCCAAGUCAAGACCUUGAACUCUUUUCAUGAUAUGACUCUUUCCUAUCUGAGCCAGCAUUCACUUUUUCCAGCAUUUUGUGCUACAGUAGCUCUUCUACAGGAUUGGAAAAGAUGGGUGUCCGUGACCUUGUCGCUGGUUCACCGGUUUUUCUUGUUCUUGGAGCUCUUUAGGAGGUACUAAUCACUGAACACCACCACAAGACCUGCUGUUUUGGAAAUGCUCUGACCCAGUCGUUUAGAAAUCACAGUCCGGACCUUAGAUCCUUACACUUGUCCAUUUUUCCUGCUUCCAACACUUCAACUUUAAGAACUGAUUUGCUGCCUAAUAUACAUUAUAUUGCCAAAAGUUUUGGGACACCCCUCCAAAUCAGUGACUUCAGGUCUUCCAAUCUCUUCCAUGGCCACAGGUGUAUAAAAUCAAGCACCAUUGGCAUGCAGACUGCUUCUACAAACAUUUGUGAAAGAAGGGGUCUCACUCAGGAGCUCAGUGAAUUCAAGCGUGGUACCGUGAUAGGUUGCUACAUGUGCAAUCAGAAAUUUCCUCACUACUAAAUAUUCCACGGUUUAUUGCUAACUCUAUAUUAAACCCUACGGAUUAAGAAUGGGAUGUCAUUAAAGUUCAUGUGCAUGUAAAGGCCAACGUCCCAGAACUUUUGGAAUACUUUUGUACUCCUCCUUGGCAGGUGGCAUUGUUACGAGAUCAUCAGUGUUCUUCACUUCACCUGUCAGUGGUUUUAAUGUUAUGGCUGAUCUGGGAAAUUUAUGAGAUCAAUUACAGAACAAUGAAUACACACACAAAUUAUCUCUCACCUACUAUGUAAAAGGGUUUUUUUCCCCUAUAAUCUU